AGAAUGAUAUCGUUGCUUUUUUGUUUUUUUUUUUAAUGGAAGACGAUACUGUUUUAGGAUUGACAUUGAUUGACCCGACAACCUUAAUCGGGUGCGGGUCUGACAGCCGUGGUACCAUCUUGGUUACAUGGGCUUGUGCCAUUAUUUCCAUAUAUUAUAUAAACGAAAUGCCCGAGCACGCUCUGUCUGUGACUGGGAGUAAAAUAAUGGGACCAAAGACAGAGAACAGGAAGCCAGUGGCUGUGUUCAUGGCUUUUGGUACGAAGGGCGAUGUUUACCCUCUCUCUGCCAUUGCUGCUGCUUUUGCUAGUGAUCAGAAACAAUACCGUGUGGUUCUAGUAACACAUUCAGCACAUCAGAACUUAAGCUCUCACUUGGAAGAAAGACGUGUUACGUUCUUAGGAAUCAAUUCACCACCUGUUCUUUCUGUUCGCGACAAUUAUGGUUGUUCAGGAUCACAGGAGUUAGCUUUUUCACAACAAAAAAUGAUAGCCACAAGAGAGCACAGACAAGAAUGCUAUUCAGCAGUUGAAGGGAUUUUUGGACAUGGUCCAACCAUGGAGGGUGAUUUUAUCUUGAUAAAUUUUUUUGCAUUGGAAGGGUGGAGCCUUGCAGAACUUUUUCAUAUCCGUUGUGUGGUAGCUGCUCCAUAUGUUGUUCCAUACAGUGCACCUUCCUUAUUUGAGAGUCACUUUAGAAGAGAGCAUCCUCUUUUAUAUAAAUAUCUCCAAGAAGCUGACAGUAAUCAGGUUUCCUGGAAAGAUGUGGCUCAUUGGAUGUGGCCACUUUUUACCGAAAACUGGGGAUCAUGGAGAAGUGAUGAUUUGUAUCUGAGUCCUUGCCCUUUCACUGAUCCAGUAACAGAGCUUCCCACUUGGCAUGAUAGGCCACCAUCUCCCUUACUGCUGUAUGGAUUUAGCAAAGAUAUUGUUGAAUGUCCAGAUUAUUGGCCAUCAAAUGUCCAUGUUUGUGGGUUUUGGUUUCUUCCUACUGAAUGGCAGUUUUCAUGUAAGAAAUGCCAAGAAAUUUCAGAACUUUCUUAUCCUGGAGAUUUGAGGACAAAAGAUGAAGUGUGUUCAGCUCAUGUCAAGUUACAAUGUUUUCUGAUAAAUCCAGCAUCAACACCUCCUGUUUUCAUAGGACUAAGUUCUAUUGGAAGCAUGGGCUUCUUGAGGAACCCUCAAACAUUUCUUCAGGUAAUUCAAUCUGUCCUGGAGAUCACAAAUUUCAGAUUCAUCCUUUUUACUGCUAGCUAUGAACCUUUGGAUGAAGCUGUCCAAGUUAUUGCCACUGAAUCAUCACAUUUUGAUAAAAGAAAGUACCUUGAAGAGGGAGUCUGUCUCUUUGAUAACCGCCUCUUUUGCUUUCCUAAUAUGGUACCUUACCAAUGGCUAUUUCCAAGAUGUGCAGCUGCAAUUCAUCACGGGGGCAGUGGAUCCACUGCUGCAGCACUACACGCUGGCAUCCCACAGGUAUUAUGUCCAUUUAUACUGGAUCAGUUUUAUUGGGCUGAGAAGAUGUAUUGGAUUGGAGUUUCCCCAGAACCAUUAAACAGAAGCCAUUUGAUUCCAGAUAAACUGGACGAUGCGAGCAUCAGAAUGGCUGCAAAAUUUCUAUCAAGGGCCAUAAAUGAUGCCCUGUCUCCAAACAUCAAAGCACGUGCUUUGGAAAUUGCGGAGAGAAUUUCUCUUGAGGAUGGAGUCAUGGAAGCCGUAAAGAUCCUUAAAAAAGAGAUGAAUUGUUCGUGUUAAAAAAGCUUUCAGGCCGGGGCGAUGUAUACUUGGGAAGACCAAACAAAGAAGCAGAGGGAAAUGUUUGAAACCAUGCCGUGGACAUGAAGGCUCUGUCAAUUCUACUAGCAGAACUCCCCCUUGACCAAGUAAACUUUUUCCCACACAGAGAUAGUUCUAACAAUUCACAUGUUGCUAAACAAUCUCGAAAGGCUUUCAUGUAGCAGAAGCAUUUCUUACAUCCUUAGCGAUCAAAGGGAAAUGUUUCUCCUGCACUGCUGGCGUCAUUGAUUCCGGUGAGGCAGAGUUGCUGGCGAAUGGCGAUAUACAAAGCCCAAGCUUAAGAAUCCUGGAAACUUGAGACCUUUUAUGUGCUUCAAAUAUUGUUAAGAAGACAGUUGAGGGAAACAAUUUUUACACUCACUCACGCAGAGGGGCUAACCAUGAAGUAGACCAACUAGCCAAAAAUAGUGUUAAUCUUACAUUAGACUUCAUUGCUUGGUUUUAAUCUCUUUAAUUUGUUGUUUCUUUGUUCGUUAAUUCAAAAGGAAGCUACAGACAAUACCCAUCAAGUGAGUGGCUGAAACAGAGGAAAGAAAUUUAAGGAAAAAACAGAAAACAGGUAAUAGUAAAGCUAGCUAUGAAAUCAAGUUCUGCUUUGCUAAUGACAUGCCACAACUUCCCUCUCUCAAAACGUGAAGAAAGACCACUGUUCUCAGAGUUGCCAUUAAUGGAGAUAGAAUUAAAUUAAGAGACGCAGCAUCGUCCAUGGCCUGGCUAGCUGCUAACCGAAUCUGAUUCCACAGCCCAAUUAAGCCGACUUGCCAACGAUGAGGGAACACUAAUCUCUAAUGCUUUCUUAAUGGGGCAAACUUCAGUCUCAUUUCAAUCCACGUCCUCAACCACGCAAGAGAAAACGCACAAGAAACGACCCUAUGGGUCUCUCAGAACGCCUCCUAUUCC